GCGACAUGGUCAGCACAGUCCUGCCUGCCCAGUGACAAGCCGAGCAUCGCCACCUCCCUUCUCCGCCAUGGCACUCAAGCUGUUCGUGUUCGCCGCCAUCCUGGGCCUGUCCGCGGCCGGCAUCAUCUCCUCGCCGAUCAGGGUGGCCAGCCUGGACAGCGAGUACGACCCGCACCCCGCCUACAGCUACGCCUACGACGUCCAGGACGCGCUGACGGGCGACUCGAAGCGUCAGCAGGAGAGCCGCAGCGGCGACGUGGUCCGCGGCUCGUACUCCGUCAACGACCCCGACGGCACCCGCCGCACCGUGGACUACGCCGCGGACCCCGUCAACGGCUUCAACGCCGUGGUCCGACGGGAGCCCCAGGCCGUGGCGCUGGCCCGGCUCGCCGGCCCCGCCCUGGUGGCGCACCCCACCGUCGCGCUGGCCUCCACGUCGUCGGCCCGCGUCGACGCGCCCUCCGGCAUCACCGUGGCCGCCCUGCCGCGCGUCGUGUCCGCCGGCUCGCCCUUCGUGCAGCUGCAGCAACAGCAACUCCUCCAGCCCCAGCUGCAGCAGGUCCAGCAGAUUCAUCCCCAGCUGCAGCAGCUGCAGCCCGUGCAGCAGAUCCAGCAGGUGCAGCAGCUCCAGGCCUUGCAGCAGCAGUUGCAGCUCCAGCAGCUGGUGAACCCCGUCGCCCUGGCCACCAACCUGGGCCUCGCCGCGCUGGCGGGCCCCGGCCUGCUCCAGCGUGGACCCUGGGCCUAGGCGUCACGGCUCCGUCGCUGCCGCGGUCACCCCGCCGUGCCCCGUCAGGGGCUGCCUUCGGAUCGAUUUAGUGGACUUCCUUCUCAGCUUUCCUGCUCCUUUCUCUUUUCCAAGCUUCGAGUGGACUGUUCUUCCUCGACUCGGUGUGGGCUUUUCUGUGUUUCUGAACUGAAAGGGGUUUGAUUUCCUGUGAUAAUUUGCCCCGGCGGCAGGUGGGUGUGAGCGUUCGGCUCGAGAUUGAGAAGCACAGGUUUCUAAUACUUUUCUUCUUAGCUGAAUUUUGCCAGGGUACUCAAUAAACUGAGCAGGAAAUGAAAUGAACUGAUGUACAUGUUUGUGGACUCGUUGUGUUCAAAAUGUACGACCGAAUAAAAUGCACUGCCCGCUUGUUAAAAACGUU